AUGAACUGCUCCAUUUCCGGCGAGGUUCCGGAAGAGCCCGUGGUGUCAAAAAGCUCCGGUCUUCUGUUCGAGAAGAGAUUAAUCGAGAGACAUAUACAGGAUUAUGGGAAGUGUCCAGUUACCGGAGAGCCACUUACUCUGGACGACAUUGUAUCAAUCAAUACAGGCAAGAUAGUGAAGCCCAGACCAGUGCAAGCAGCUAGCAUCCCUGGCAUGCUCGGAAUGUUCCAAAAUGAAUGGGAUGGGUUAAUGCUAUCUAACUUUGCAUUGGAGCAACAAUUGCAUACAGCAAGACAAGAGCUAAGUCAUGCUUUAUAUCAGCACGAUGCUGCUUGUCGCGUGAUUGCAAGAAUUACAAAAGAACGAGACGAAGCUAGGUCUAUUCUUGCACAGGCAGAACAACAGUUCCCUAUUUCUACACCAAAUGCUGUGACAGCGACUGCCCCUGUUCACAGCAAUGGGAAAAGAGCUGCUGAUGACGCGGAACUGGCACCUAAUGCGAAGAAAUUACAUCCUGGGAUAUCUUCUAGCAUAAUUACUGAGUUAACAGACUGCAAUGCUGCUCUUUCACAGCAAAGGAAAAAGAGACAGAUUCCUGCGACUUUGGCUCCUGUUGAGGCUCUAGAGACGUAUACCCAGAUAUCUAGUCACCCCUUUCACAAAACUAACAAACAAGGCAUUAUUUCUCUUGAUAUCCUUCAUUCUAAGGACUUAAUUGCAACUGGAGGUAUUGAUUCAAAUGCUGUUAUUUUUGACCGUCCAUCAGGACAAAUAUUGGCUACACUCAGCGGCCACUCUAAAAAGGUUACCAGUGUGAAGUUUGUAGGUCAGGGAGAAUCUGUAAUAACUGGUUCAGCAGAUAAGACAGUUCGAUUGUGGCAAGGGUCAGAUGAUGGUAACUAUAACUGCAGACAGAUAUUGAGGGAUCAUUUGGAUGAGGUUAAAGCCGUCACCGUCCAUGCCACCAAUAAUUACUUUGUGACUGCAUCACUUGAUGGCACCUGGUGCUUUUAUGAACUAUCUUCAGGCACUUGUCUGACUCAGGUUUCAGACUCUUCUCAAGGCUACACCUCUGCAGCUUUUCAUCCUGAUGGUCUUAUUCUUGGAACAGGCACUACAGAUUCUCUUGUUAAGAUCUGGGAUGUAAAAAGUCAGGCAAAUGUUGCUAAGUUUGAUGGACAUGUGGGGGAUGUAACUGCAAUAUCAUUUUCUGAGAAUGGAUACUACCUUGCGACUGCAGCUCAAGAUGGCGUAAAGCUUUGGGAUCUACGAAAAUUGAAAAACUUCAGGAAUUUCGCUCCAUAUGAUGCAGACACUCCAACAAACUCUGUGGAGUUUGACCACAGUGGAUCCUACCUUGCAGUCGCAGGCUCUGAUGUAAGGGUAUACCAAGUUGCAAAUGUGAAAUCUGAAUGGAGCUUGAUCAAAACUUUUCCUGAUUUAUCUGGAACAGGGACAUCUACAUGUGUAAAAUUUGGUCCAGAUUCGAAAUACUUGGCAGUUGCAUCAUUGGACCGGAAUCUUCGAAUAUUUGGCAAACCUGAUGAAGGUACUCCCGCGGAAUCAUGA